AUCAACAGUGCUCAGCAUCUUCUGAGAGCUGCGCGAGGGAGAGAAGAGGAGGAAGAGGGGGAGAGACGGGGAAAGGGCGCAAGACAAACAGGGGAAAUCACAAUAAUGGAGUGGCGGCGGAAGAGGUUGGUUUCGCGAGCUCGGACUCUUCAUAUUUGACAUUUACAUUUUCUGUAAAUUGAAUCUAAAUUCUGUUUUAACGGGCUGUGCGCCGAUAUCUCCAGUAGCCUAGCUCACCUAGCUCAAGAAGCCCUCCACAGAUGCAGCAAAUGCUACACGUAAACGGGGGAUCCACCACUGGCACUAGGCAACGGUUUAUCAAUUCUGGUGGGCUUGAAUUAGAAUACUAAAGGACAUAUUUUGAAGGUAGCAUUGGUUGAGUAGAUUACAAAACCAUUGACCGUUUUACUGUGAAAUAUUGUAUUAUGGACUCCACUUGUUUUUUCCAAAAAGGAAAUGUUAGGCAUUAUAAAUGAUUAAUUAACAGUAUAUCUAUUCAUGUCUCAUUUCAACAAUGUGUAACCAUGUAGGUUCGCAGGUUGAAUGUACAAUGCUUUGGUAAAUUAAAAUAAAGGCUAGUUAAUAAUAAUAACAACAAUAAUAAUAAUAAUAAAUCAACGUCUUUGAAAUGGAUUUCUUCUGAAAAGCUACAUUGCUACCAAAUGACAAGCACACCUUUGGGAACUCGUGGAAACAACCAGAGACGAGCAAAAACUGUGAGUGAGUCACUGAAAUAAACUAAAGAAACCUAUAGUGGAAAACAUGUUGCCUUCACAAGAAGCCGCCAAGAUUUACCAUGACAACUACAUGCGGAACUCCCGUGCCAUCGGAGUACUCUGGGCGAUAUUCACCAUAUGCUUUGCCAUCAUCAACGUGGUUGUCUUCAUUCAGCCCUACUGGAUCGGGGACAGCGUGAGUACGCCGCAGGUGGGUUACUUCGGUUUGUUUCACCAGUGCGUUGGGAGUGGACCGCCCGACCGAGAGCUCGACUGCACGGGCAGCUUUACUGAGUUCAGCUCCAUCCCCUCCGGUGCCUUCAAAGCGGCCUCGUUCUUUGUACUGAUGUCCAUGAUUCUGAUUCUGGGCUGCAUCGCCUGUAUGGCGCUCUUCUUCUUCUGCAACACCGCCAGCGUCUACAAGACCUGUGCCUGGAUGCAGCUCCUAUGUGCUGUAUGCCUGGUGUUGGGCUGUAUAAUCUUUCCGAACGGCUGGGAUGCGGAGGUGGUGCGGGACCUGUGUGGGGAGGAGACGGGGAAGUAUACGCUGGGUAACUGCUCUGUCCGCUGGGCUUAUAUCCUGGCUAUUAUGGGCAUCCUGGAUGCCCUGAUCCUGUCCUUCCUGGCCUUCGUUUUGGGGAACAGGCAGAACGACAUUUUCCUGGAGGAACUCAAGGCUGACAACAAUAAAGAUUUCGCUGUGUCCAAGGUAAGUGACUUUAUUGAGGUCCGGGACAGAAGACGCGACCCAAGGUAUGUUGCAGUCCAGAGGUUCCACUGAGGUGCUCCUUGCCUUGGAUGACCGCACCCUGAGAGCCUCCUUGCCUUGGGUGACCCCCCUCUUAGAGGAUCCCUGCCUUGGAUGACCCCCCCUCUGAGGGGAUCCUUGCCUUGGAUGACCCCCCUCUGAGGGGAUCCUUGCCUUGGAUGACCCCCCUCUCCUCUACUCCCUCUCAUCCAGUCAUCAGGCUAAUAUCCAACCUGGCUCCAUGCGCAGACCACAUGUACAGCAUUCUGUAAUAUAAAACUGGGAGAAACUAUAUUUUACAUAGUAUUAUGUUGUAAAGUUCAUUAACACUACUAUAAAAAAAGACUAUAUUUGCAUAUAAAAUGUGUCCAAAUGGAACUAUACUUUGCAGCUUUACAGAAAUAGACCUCUGGGAAUUUAGAUACUGUACAUACAAGGCAAUGUAUAUAUUUGGAACAGUACAAUGAGCAGCAAACUAUAUAACCCUUCAAUGGAAAUUUGUUCAGUGUAUUUCUACCCUUUGCAAAAUGAUUUGAGUACAAAAAGUAGAAUAAAGCAGAACAAAACAAACAUUUUGUAAACAUUUAAUAGACCCCAUAAAACUGAAGCGUUUGGAGU